AGGCACUGAAACGAACGAGGAAGGAAUUGUAAACAAACCGAUUUUGGAAGGAUAAGCGUGGUAGAUUAAUUCGGUUUUUAAUCCUUAACUUGGUACAGAUACAACUGAAAAUAGUUCAAAUGGCGGUGUCUUUGGAAAGAGCAACUACCAGCAAAUAAAACAUCCACAAUAUAACAAACGCCGCUGGAGAUUCGCUUCUUUGGUGGCUGUUUCAAAAGGAUCACUUUCUCCGUAAUAGAUUUAUCUUAAAAGAAGCAAUCAUGAAUCCUAUGACGAACAUGAAAAAUGUGCUGAAGCUGAGCGACCAGGAUCUGAAGCUAGGUGGCAAAAACUCUUGGCACGAUCAGUACCGCGACAGUGCGUGGAUCUUCGUCGGUGGCUUGCCUUAUGAUCUCACCGAAGGAGAUGUAAUAUGCGUAUUCUCCCAGUACGGCGAGAUUGUUAAUAUUAAUCUGGUACGCGAUAAGGUGUCGGGCCAGUCAAAAGGAUUUUGUUUCAUCUGCUACGAAGACCAACGUUCAACCGUUUUGGCCGUCGAUAAUCUGAAUGGUAUCAAAUUGGUCGGCAAAACGCUGCGAGUGGAUCACGUAAAGGAUUACAGGCCACCAAAGGAAGAUGAAAAUACCGACGCCGAGACGAAACAGUUGUACAUGGAAGGUUGUGCCCCGAAAGUGCAGAGUCCGCGGCAAUCAAGUACGAAAAGUAAAACAUCCAGUAAAACGGAAUCAGAUACAAAACGAUCGCAUUCGCAUAAAGAACGGUCCGCCAAAAAAGAAAAACGAUAGAAGAAAAUAAAAGCUUUUUAA